GGGGAGAAACUGACGUCACCACAGCACCAGAGGGGAAGGGAAGAAGAGUCACGCUGUUUGUCCUCCCCCAACAUGGCGGCCGCCAAGCGAGUGAAACGCGUGGCCGCUUCACAGCCCGGUUUUUUAAAUUUAAACGCAUCUGCACCGUCGGCCAGCAGUCGAAGAAAACGAGUAAACAAAAACAAGAAGAAGAACUGGAACAAACACAGCGACGUAAACGAUGUGGAGGACUUUCUGGAGGACAUCCGGCAUCAGGAGAGGACCACUGGAGGCCUGCUGUCUGAGAAGACAGAUGACAGUUUGUUCUUCUUGGAUAUUGGGCAACCAAAGAAAGCUGAAGAGAAAGCAGAACCCGAAGAAGGUAAAAAACGAAAAGGAAAAGCGUCUCGCCCCCUGAGGAUCGACCUCAUCCUUCAGAACGACUCGCUUGUCCUGCCGCCGAAAGACGUGCUGGCUCACCAGACACCGAAUGCCAAGAAGCUCCGCCGCGCCUCCCAGAGGGCCGAGCAGCUGGCAGCCAACGGCGUGGUGCCACGGAAGCAGAAACGGCUGCUGAACAGACGGCCCGUCGACAGAACGACCAAGAAAGCAGUGACGGAGGCCAACAACAACCCAGACAGAGACUAUUACGACAUAUGGGGACAAGAACCCAAAGAUUCCUCUGAUCCUUGGUAUCUUCAGCAGACGGGCAAGAAGCGCGUCAAGCGUCCAGAGAGCCUGAAGGAGAAGCCGUCUGUGCUUCCCGCCGUGGAGGUGAUCGCCCCGGGAGGAUCGUACAAUCCAGACUUCUUCUCCCACCAGGCUUUGCUUCAGGAGGCUCACGAUGUGGAGGUGAAGAAGAAAAAGCAGGAAGACAAAAUCGAGCGACAGCUGGCUUUCGACAAAAAAGACACGGCUACAGAGGAGACGAAACUCCGCGAGCAGGUGGAGGGUUUGGUUGAGGAGGAAGAGGAGGAUGAAGCAGAAGCAGCUACUAACCAAGAGGAGGAGGAUGUUGCCGUGGGAGCCAUCGCACUGGCUCAGAAGAAGACAGAGAAGCAGAGGAAGAAAGAGAAGGCACUCAAAAUAAAGGAGCAGCAGCGACUUGCUGACAGACAGAAGACGGACCGGCAGCAGCAGCUCUUCCAGCUGCGCUCCAUUAAAGCCUCCAUCAAACAGCGGGAGCAGUCCACCAAACAGAAACAGAUCAGCCGCAAAGCCAAGCAGGAGGCGCAGAAAUCUCAGCCCAGACGCCUUGGAAAACUCAAAUUCCAGCCUCAGGAUUUGGAGGUGAAGCUGAGUGACGAGCUGGCCGGCACCCUGCGGCAGCUCAAGCCAGAGGGCAGCAUCCUCAAGGACCGAUUCAAGAGCCUCCAGAAGAGGAACCUCAUUGAGCCAAGAGAAAGAGCCAAGUUCAAGAGGCGGCUCAAGCUGAAGUACGUGGAGAAGAGGGCUUUCAGAGAGAUCACUUAAUGCUGAAGGAUGGAUCACAGGAGCUGAACGCACGGAGCAGAGAAACAUUCAAAACCCACAAGUGCAGCACAAUGGAACUGUGUAUAUACAAGAUGACGACUGCUGAGGGUCUGCUCGACCUCUUCAGACCGUUAACAAUGAUUUAUAAGCCGAGUGAAAUCACACACGCGUGUUUUCUGCAGCGGAUGGCCUUUCUUACAGUUUUCACCAUCUUUCUCCUCUCCCAGUUAAACACAGUCAACAUUAUUUUUGUGCAAGUUACGUAACGCGACCCUUCCCAGCAUAAGGUUAUCAAAGGGGGUUUGUAGUGUGCAGCUGAGCCUGCCGAGGCCAAGUGUCAGUGUGUUACUACUCCGCUCAUACAUGAGUAAAGACUCUCAGCUUAGGCUAAUAACAGGGUCGGCAGCCACAUUAAGUGUUAAUGUCCCCCGCAGGCCCGGCGUUCAGGCUGGUAUGAAAGAGCAGUGUGAUUGUUCUAGAUUGCUCCUGCAGUCUCCAACACCUCAACCGAGAAAUAUAUCCGGAUUUCGCAGUGACAAAUGGAAAGUUUUGUAUGAGAAUAAAACACAAACUGUUCUUGUGAUUGUUUCUCCAGCAUUGAUCAAAAGGUUAACCUUGAAUUGAUUCCAAAUUCCUUACUUUUUAAUAUUAAUUUUCAGUGUAUUUCCAAAAAAACAUGGAGAAACCCAUUUCCAAAAUAAGCGUAUUCCAAAUAAAUAGCUGAUUAAUUUUGAGUUUAUGUAAAGAUUGUUUUUCCUCCUCCACCUAGCACUAAAAUAAUAAAUAGAACUUGGAUGGGCUUGA